UCAUAAGGAGCGGACGAUCUCACUUUUAUCACCAACCUCUCUAUUUAUUUUUCACAUUCUUCUGAAGGGUUCGUUUCUUCCGUUGUAUUUUAAUUAGAUAUUUUAAUACUAAAUACAUUAACGCAACACGGCCCAGGACAAGUCUACAAGGGAAUUUCGCUUGAAAUUUAUUUUAAUAUUUUUCAGUGUCGUGUUUUUUUUUGUUUUUGUUUUUUCACGGACUUUAAAAAUCCUGAAUCCAAAUUUCCGUGGACGUUCAUUUGCGUAAAAUCCGCUGAUCAGAACGUCACGCAUCAUCAUCAUCAUCAUCAUCAGCAGCAGCAGCAGCAGCGGGAGUAAAUAAGCAGUGUCUCGUCUGAAGGAUGGAGCAGCUCAGUCAGUGGCUCUGGAAGCAGGAAUACUGGCUUCCUCCGGGAAUCAGCUGGGAGGAUAUGGAGAAGAUGGAUGGCUCUCAGCGUCCGGUCCCGCGGGAUCUGCUCCUGGCUCUUCCUCUGGCUCUGGGAUUCAUCAUGCUUCGUUUCGCUUUUGAGAGAUGUGUGGCGCUUCCUCUCAGCAGAGUUUUCGGAGUGAGAGAUCGAGUUUGUUUGAAAGUCACUCCAUUCCCAAAUUUGGAGGCGUUUUACACUAAAAACAGCAGACAGCCGACGCAGAGUGAGAUCACCAGCCUGGUUAACCAGUGCAACCUGACUCAUAGACAAGUUGAGACCUGGUUUCGUAAACGCAGAAACCAGGACAGACCCAGCAACAGUAAGAAGUUUUGUGAGGCCAGCUGGAGGUUUGUGUUCUACCUGGUUGCUUUCACCGCGGGAUUCGCGUCUUUAAUUAACACGCCCUGGUUCUGGGAUCAGAGAGAGUGCUGGAGAGGGUUUCCUCAACAGCCGGUUCAGGACGCUCAUUACUGGUAUUACAUGCUGGAGCUGGGCUUCUACUGCUCUCUGCUGCUCUCUGUGUCUGUGGACGUCAAGAGAAAAGAUUUCAAAGAACAGAUCGUCCAUCACUUCGCCACUAUCUUCCUGCUGGGUUUCUCGUACUGCUCCAACUAUAUUCGGAUCGGGACCCUGGUGAUGCUCGUCCACGACUCGUCUGACUUCCUGCUGGAGUGUGGCAAGAUGUUCAACUACGCCGGCUGGAAGAAAACCUGCGACCCAUUGUUUGUGAUUUUUGCUGCUGUAUUCCUGGUUACACGUCUGAUUGUGUUUCCCAGCAAGAUCAUCUACACCUCUCUGGUUUUGUCUAUGGAGAUGUUUGAGCCCUUUGUGGGAUAUUAUUUCUUCAAUGCUCUGCUGCUGGUGCUGCAGGCGCUGCACAUUUACUGGGCUUAUCUCAUCCUCAGAAUGAGCUACAAGUUUCUCUUCUUAGGGAAAUUGGACAAGGACGAACGCAGCGAUGACGAAAGUGAAGCCGAGGAGGAAGAGGAGGAGGAAGAUGAGGAGGAAGAUCAGUCCUGGAGGAAGAGGAGGGUGGUUCUGGACUCCAGGCUGGCGAUGCUCAGCUCCAGCUGUGUUUUAAAUAACCUGGCCAAUCAGAAAACCAACACGAACAGGAGACUGUUGAAGACCAGAUAGCAUCUCUCUGAGAGCCUCAGAGCAUCGCUGCAGAAGACACACACAUCUCUCCUUUACACAAGGAUGAGGGAUUUAUGAUCAAUGGAUUUCUUAUGAAUUUCUCUUUAUUUAGUUGCACCUCAUAUCAUUACUAAAAAGAGUAGAACUUGAAUGGAAAUAAAAAUACUUGCUGACAUGUGUAUUUAGUUCCCGACAGAGCAGCAGAGCAACUCAGUAAAUCAGUAAUCAGUGAUGUUCAGUCUGUAAUUAAUAGGCUAUAAAGGACUUUUAACUGGAAAUACACUGUAUUUAGUGUGCACUUGUAUGAUGAAAAUACUGAGGUAUGUUUGAAAUCAAUGAUUUGUUUUAUAUAUAUAACAAAACAUGUUGAAUGUCACUGGAAUAUGUUUUAAUGUACUCUGGCAGAAUACAUGAAUAUAUUGCGAAA